UCUUAAAAUAAUAUUACUUUAGUAUUACAAAACUAUAAAUAAUCAGUUAUUUACUCAUUUUUGCUCUCUUUUGCCACCGAAAAUAGAAAACCAAAAAAAGUGAAACAAGAUUCCAACAAUAUACCAUUUUCCAUGGAAUGGAACCCCUUCAUUCAUCGUAUCAGAAACAAUCUUAAUUGUCAAUGGAGUUCCUGCAUUUCAUUCUCUAUGAAGAACGUUUGAUGGGUUGAAGAUACCAUUUUUUAGAGUUUUCUGGGAUUUCCUUGGAGGGAAACAAAGAAUUUUGCAUGAAAAGUAUACACACACAAAACUUGUAUCUGUAAAAUUCUGUGUAUUUUCCCUCUGUUUUUCUUGGAAUUCUUCGAGCUGGAUUGAAGGCAAAGGUGGAAAGGCUCUGUGGGUGUUCCUUGAAACUGGGUUUGGUGCUUUUUUGUUCUAGAAUUUAUCUCCCUAUAAUUAUAGGUUUGUUGUGUGUAUCUAAUGAAAUGAAAAGGAUAAUAGGAUGGGAUUGGAAAGGUAAAUUAGAGAUCAAUGGGCGAGGUAAUGGUCCGUUCUCUCAUCAAUUUUGUUGCCAUUGUUUGUGUUCUGGUAGUCAUUGAUUCAGAUAUGAAGCUUUUAGGGAUUGGGGGAUUUUGUAAUGCUCAAGAGAUGGAUCUCAAUGGGAUAGAGAAGAUGUGGAUUGGGUAUUUGGAAGAAUUAGAGGAGAUUUCAGAUGAUUAUCAAAUUGUUUCUGGUUGGUCUAGUUUUCCCAGAAAAUCCUUGAGAGAUAAAAAGUUAUGGCACAAAGUUUUACCUAGCUCUGCUUCUUCAUCUCCAAGGGCUGAAGCAAUGCUGCCCAUUUUCACUCCACCAUCCACUCCUUCUGCUUCUGCUAGCUCACCAUUGUUGAGUUUUGAAUCUUCUUCGCUGUCUCCAAACGAAAAGCGUGUCUUGAAGUCUGUUUUGCCUUUACCUACUGGUCACCCGCCUCCGAUAAGACCACAUUUCAUUCCUCAAAUGCCAAGAAGUCAUCAUCCUCCAAUGCCAAAAAGCCCUCCUCAAAUGCCAAAACCACAAGAUUAUGAUCAUGUUCCUUCCAAGGAUGACCAUAAGAAUAAAAAGAUUAUAGUUCCUGCUGUUGCUGGUGGGACUGUGGGAGGGAUUACCCUUGUAGCUCUCAUAUUGGUAUGUUUCGUCAAAAAAAGAAACAAAGAAGAGGAAGAACUUGAGCAAACAGAUGGCACAGAUGGCACAAUUGGCACAAAUGGCACAGAUGGCACAAUUGGCACAAAUGACACAGAUGGCACAAAUGGCACAGAUGGCACAAAUGGCACAAAUGGCACAAUUGGCACAAAUGGCACAAUUGGCAUAGACAAACAUGUUAACUUAAGUUCAACUGAUCACAUUUCUGCAGGAGCUAAACAGAUGCCUCAGAGCAACGAAAAUCCUCCGGGGGAUGUGAAGGAAUUGAAGACUUCAUCCACUCUUGACAGUCCCUUGGUGACACCUGAUAUGAUUGAUAGCCAUACUUCUACUUCUUCUGCAACUGAAACUAAAACUCCAGAAUUAGCUGCAGCAAAAUGUGCACCUCCACUUCCUCCGCCUCCGUCCAGACGUUCUGCUCAGGGACCUCCUCCACCGCCAAAAGGUGGUCCGCCUCCAGCGCCACCAAAAGGCGGUAAGGCUCCAGUUCCACCAAAGCCUCAGGCACAAAAAAUUAAAGGACUUCCUUCCGGGACAGAAAGUGAAUCAGGCGAGUCUGGUAAAGCUAAACUGAAGCCAUUUUUCUGGGACAAGGUUAAUGCCACUCCUAAUCCGACGAUGGUUUGGCAUGAGCUCAAGUGUGGCUCGUUCGAGGUUAAUGAGGAAAAGAUGGAAUCACUGUUUGGGUAUAAGACAGUAGAUAAAAAACAAAAUGAGUGCAAGAAGAAAGAUGUAACUCCAUUUGAUUCAACCCCACAUUUUGUUCAGAUUAUUGACGCUAGGAAGGCACAGAACUUGGCAAUUCUUCUUAAAGCCUUGAAUUUGACCACAGAAGAAGUGUGUGAUGCUCUCAAAGAGGGCAAUGAGUUGCCAUCGGAAUUCGUUCAGACUCUUUUGAAAAUGGCACCAACAGAAGAGGAAGAGCUCAAGCUUCGGCUCUUCACCGGAGACAUUUCUGAGCUUGCUCCAGCUGAUCGCUUCUUGAAAGUUUUGGUCGGCAUCCCCUUUGCCUUCAAAAGGAUGGAAUCACUGCUGUUCAUGACUGUUUUCCAGGAAGAAAUUUCUUCCGUUAAACAGUCCUUUGCAACCUUAGAGGUGGCAAGUAAGGAGCUGAGCAACAGCAGACUCUUCCUUAAACUCUUGGAAGCAGUUCUGAAGACUGGGAACCGAAUGAAUGUUGGCACCUACCGGGGUGGAGCCCAGGCAUUCAAAUUGGAUACACUCUUGAAACUAUCAGAUGUUAAAGGAACCGAUGGCAAGACCACACUUCUGCACUUUGUUGUUCAAGAAAUCAGUCGUUCCGAAGGCCUAAAAUCUGCCCGGAGAUUGAAGGAGAAUCUGAGUGUGUGCAGUGUGAGAACCGAAGACUGUGUAGAGGAGAGCAGCCGAAAGGGAUCUGCAGAGUACUAUCAAAGCCUCGGUUUACAGGUACUUUCCAGGCUGAGCGACGAGCUUGAAAACGUGAAGAAGGCAGCCAUAAUUGACCACGAUAACCUCACACAAUCCGUUGCCAAACUCAAGCACUCACUCUCAAAAGCCCGGGAUUUUCUAGACGCUGAUAUGAAUAAUGUAGAGGGAGAAACGGCGUUCAAGGAAACGCUCGAGAACUUCUUGAAGCACUCGGGGGAGGAGAUCACAAGGCAGGUAGAAGAAGAGAAACGGAUAAUGGAACUGGUGAAGAACACCGGAGAUUACUUCCAUGGGAAGACAGCAAAGGACGAAGGCACUCGCCUCUUUGUCAUUGUUCGCGAUUUCUUGCUAACACUGGACAAGGUCUGCAAAGAAGUGGGAGAGUUGAUAAAACGAGCAAACGCUACUUCUGGGAAGGGUGAACCCCAAAGUGCACGAUUGCCUAAUAUUCCCCUGCAACUAUUCCCCGCCUUCAAGCCACAACAGGCAGGCGAUGGUUUCAGUUCAGACGACGAGGAUUCAUCCCCAUAAAGCCGCCUCACUUCAGGUACAAUAAAACUAUCAAUAGAAAAACAUAUCUUCUUCGUUACCCCCUCUCAGAGCUAGCAAUGAAGAAUGUAUAUAAUAGAAUAGCGAGUGGUGGUCACGAGCCACCCCGAGUAGAGUUAAGACUUAAGAGGGUACAUGAUUAGUCAUUUGUAUGUAUUAUAGUUCAAACCUAAGCAUAGUACAACCUUGUAGUACUACAAAAACCAGUCAUUUCAAAGAAAGUAGGAACUUCAGUUUAAGGUUCUAUUCA